AUGCUUGGACUUAAACCCAGCUUACCAGAUAUGCAGCAAGUAAAUUCAAUAGACCUGGAGAACCAGAAGAGUCAGAACAAUUCAAUUCGAUUGCAGGCUCAUCCGGAAUUAAAAGAACCAGUUCUUUACCAGCCAAAAUCUCUGAAGCCUGAGUUUCAAAAUCUUAUUGGCUCUUAUUAUCAUCCUCUUCUUGGAGAAAUGAUUAUUUCAAUAAAAAAUCGACGAUCUUGUCAAACGCUUGAAGUAUAUGAAAGUCUCUACGUUAAGAUUGGAAAGCUUGGAACGGGAUGGAUCGAGAACUUAGCAUUUUAUGACAGUGGCUUGAUAAACGAAAAAUAUAUGUAUCCCUUAUCAAUUGAUCCGACUGAGAACGAGCAAUGUUGUGUUGGAAUUCGAUGCAAUGAGGUGCAGAAAAUCAUUCCUGGAGUUUAUCCACUAGUGAAAGAUAACGACGACCUGGCUUUAGAUUCGUGGACUGAUGUCGACUUCAUUUGGAACAGUUCAGUUUGGUACGUAUCUGACUAUAGUCCAGUCUUUUCUUUUGAAAAAAACUCUUCUGGCGAAUUCACGAUUGUAUUUCGCCGUGGAUCGUGGACCUCUGAAUCUUACUCUUUUACUCGAAAUCACGAUAAUGAUUUCAAGUGGACUGACAAAUGUAACCUUAAUUCUGAAUAA